UAUCCAUUGAAUUAGAAGUGUUAAUUUGAGUAAUCGAUCAAGAUUCAAGAAAGAAGAAAAUGAGGAACGAAUUAAUGAUUUUUAUGGUAAUGGUGAUUGUUCAAGUUGCGUUUGCUGGAAUGAUAAUAAUAACAAAAUUAGUGAUGGAUAGUGGGAUGGAUCCUUUCGUUCAGUCAGCAUAUAAGCCUAUUUUUGCCACCAUCUCCAUUGCUCCCUUUGCUUAUUUCUUAGAAAGGAAAAGUAGACCCAAGAUGACACGCUCUAUACUUUUUCAGAUAUUUUUGUGUUCUAUUUUCGGGAUAACGGCGAACCAAUAUGCAUAUUUUAUUGGGUUAAAUAAUUCAACUCCAACAAUUGCUUCCGCUAUUGAUAAUCUAAUCCCAGCUUUCACCUUUAUCAUAGCAGUACCCUUGGGGGUUGAAAAAAUGGGAUUAAGAAGUAUAGCAGGACAAGCCAAGUUUUGGGGGACAAUAGUUUGUGUUGGAGGUGCAAUGUUAUUGUCAUUAUAUCAUGGAAAAGUUGUUAUUGGUCAAUUAGGAUUUCACUGGAAAUAUGAAGAAAAUACAGGCAAAGAUGUCAAUUCUUCCCAUUCCAACUUCUUUUUAGGACCUUUUUUACUUAUAAUGGCCAGUCUCACUUAUGCCAUUUGGUUAAUCAUUCAGGGAAGGGUAAGUGAGAAGUAUGCAGCUCCAUAUACAUGCAUAACGUUGAUGUGCUUAAUGGCAAGUGUGGAGAGUGUCAUUAUUGGAUUUUGUGUCGUUCCAAAACUUUCUGAAUGGGCUUUAAAUCCCAUUAGAGCUAUCUCUGUCGUCUAUAAUGGAGUUGUGAGUACAUCAUUUGCAUAUUUUCUGAGCUCUUGGUGCAUUGAGAAAAAAGGUCCUUUAUAUGUCUCGAUGUUCAAUCCAUUGUUGUUGGUUAUUUCUGCAUUUCUCAGUUGGACUUUGCUUCGUGAGAAAUUGUACCUUGGAGUAGUUGUAGGGUCAAUCAUAGUAGUGGCUGGGCUUUACGGAUUUUUGUGGGGCAAAAAGAUGGAGACAAAUGCAGAGGAUAUUGAAGUAAAUAAAGAGAAGAUGAAGCAGUUCAUGAAUAAAUCAGUUGAUUUGGAGUUACAAUUACCCAAAUCUAAUGAUCAUCAUCUAGAGUCGAAGCAGAUAUCAUCAGAAUUAACCAAAACUAAAUCAUGA